UUUUUCCUAUCUUUUUAUUUCAAGUUUAGCUAAAAUUGUUUACAGAGUUUUGCAGAUAAUCAAAUUUCAAUGUUUUCUUUUGAGGAUCUUAAAGAUAUUGCAUAGGAGUAAUUACUUUUAGGUUAUGGCCAUGCAAGGUCUAUUUCCCAGAAUUGAGCGAGAUAAAACAAAGCUUCCAAUUGGCUUUUGAUUUUUUACACCAAUCAGAUUGCCUGAAAGAAAGUACGGUUCGAUUCUUUAGAUUUAUCUGAUCAACUGAAGUUAUCAGAAUUUAUACUUAAAAUUGAAGAAUUGCUUCUAAUGCGAGCGUCCUACAUUAUGGCACGAGAGACUACAUUAAAGAAUCGUCGUGUGAAGGUUCAUAAGUCAAAAGACACGGCCGCUAAAGUUGAUGUAGAGAGCAAGGACGAAAGGAGUUGUGAUGAUGAAGAUAACUCAAGCACAGAAGAAGAAGAAUGUGUAGAUGAUAAAAUGAAGAAUCAAAGUUCGACUCAGAAGAAAACGGGGGUAACAAGAAAAAACAAGCAGAUCGAUACUGAAAACUCAGCUCAACUAAGCAAACCUAAAGUAUCUUUUAAACUGGGAAGUAUCAUAUGUUAUGCUUUGGUCUCGCUGGUUUUAGUUUUGUGUGCAGUUUUUCUUUUAAAUGUAAUACCAGAGGAAAUAAACCCAUUCCCUACCAGUGAUAUCCAAGAGGAAGACUUUAAGUACAUUCAAGUCUUUAAAGAUGGAUUAGAGAUACUAAAAAGACAAUUUCCCAAUCAGACUAAAAGAUUUUGGAGGAUUCUUCGAACUCGGUGCUUGGCCCAUCUCAAAGAAAAACACCCACGGCAACCAUUGGUGAUCUUGCUGGGUGCUCCACCCUCAGCGCACCCUGUAGCUAAUUGUCUAGCAUUGCGCCUUGCAAACAUUCUAGACCCUGAGACAGAGCAUAUUGAGAAUGUUGAGACAGUAAAUGGUAAAGACCUCCAGAACAUAGACGGGGACAUUGCAAAGAAAAAACUAGAUGAAUCAUUACAUGGCACAUUUCACAAGGGAAGACGUGCUGCAGUUGUUAAACACCUUGAACUAUUGCCGCCCCCUUCAGAGAAUUUGUUCUACGCAUAUUGCGACAACGAUAAUGCACGCUUCAAACAUGCUGCCAUAUUAUUCACAGUGCACUUGCAGAUGGAACCCCAUUCCUCGCUUAGGCCUGUGGAGGCUGAGGGCAUGGUGGAAAAGUUUCUGUCUGACUUGGUGUGGAACAAGGAGCCAUAUGACAGAGAUGCUGUCGCUGCACUCUUAUCCCGUAUUGCUGAUACUGUUGCUUUGAUCAGUAGAGAGGAUGAAAAAGUUUAUUCCCACUGUGGAUAAUACUUUUUUUUAUCACAAAAAGAGAUGGUUUAAAGUGGACAACCAUACAUAGUUUCACUUAAUUUCAUGCAUAUGAUGGCCUUGCUGGCAUCUUGCCAUGCUCAGGACAGCAUUUUAUGUAGCCUGCUAACUGACUCUCAUUUGAGGUUAUUCACAAGUAUUUUCGCAUUUAAAAAAUGUGGAUCUGGUGCUUCUCAUCCAUUGGCAUGCCACAGGUUUCCCAAUGUUAAAAAACAAAACAUUUCUGAAUAACCAUAAAUGCAUAUUUUCUCAUAUUUUCUUCAGGAUAAACAACAGCAAAAAUUAUCAGACAUGCAGAGUCAGUCCUGGAGUCCAGGACCUGCAGGAUCAACUAUUGUGUAUCUAAAGGAGAGGUCUCAGUUCCUUUUUCAGCUUAAAUUUUUUUUGCUGUCAGACUGGUUAUCCAAUAUUUGUUCAUGUAAGUUCUACAACUCUUCUGGCCAAGGUUUGCAUGUUUAUUUUUUUUUUAUUCUUGAGACUUUUGCCUGCUCUAACUUUUUUUUGUGGUUUCUUAACCGAAUAUGAAAUGGUUUGUUCCUAAAUCAACCUAUUAUGACAAUUUGUACUGUAUUUGGUGAUACAGUGAUUGAUAUCCAUGGCGUUAGCAGCAGGACACUAGCACAUAUAUAAGAACAACCAAUCUCUGACCUUUAAGAAUAGCCUAACAGCACAUUUUGGCUAGGGGUGGGGAAGGUAAGCAAAAUCUGCUCUUGUUUAAAAAUAGGUACCCAUAAGGUACAUGUGUGUGCUACAGUUUUUGACUCACAAAACCUCUAGGCUUAAUAGCCCAAUGCACACUUUGAAAGCUGUGGUAAGUCAUUCGAGCAUAAUUAAUCAGGUUCAUAGCGAAAUAUUUACCUGUUUAAGCGAGAAAACCAGAUUGAUAAGUAAGGAAAGCCGCCAUCUGGAAUCAUCAACAGAAUGUGACAUCGCGCCAUAAACCUGAAAUCGAG